AUGUUUCUCAGUGUGUCUAAUGAGGUCAACGACCAAGUGUUUGGUCCUAUAGAGGUGAGUGGCGAUAUGACGCUUCCCGAUUUGGUUGCCCUUCUCGAAUUGGAUUGUCAAUUUGACGAUGUCAAACAUGACUUAUAUUAUAACAUGAACAAGUUGGAUCUUUUAGCAGGUAGUACAUUGAAUGAAAUAUUUGACUCUGAUAAUGACUUGCUACAGAUAAGAAAUAAGAUCGGAGUUUCUGUGGCUGAGGGAUCUGAUGACGCUUUCGUUGAGCAUUUUAGACAAGAAAUGUUAAGAAAUCAAGCGCUUAGGUCACAGUUGAUGAUGCAAAUACCUGGACUUAAACAGUCGCUUAAUGAUCGUCAACUGUUUCGAGAAAGAUUCGGACCACUUAUUCUGCAAAGAAAAUCCUCAAUGAAUGUGCAUGGUAAUUCGCAGAAUCCAUUUGGUAUUUCUCAGCUGGAAUACAGUAGAAUAAUGAGUGAUCCAGACGAUCCCUCAAAUCAAAAGAGGAUCAACGAAUUGAUCAACCGACAAGAGAUAGAAGAGCAAUUCCAGAAUGCCUGGGAAUAUACACCCGAGGUUUUCACAACUAUUCAUAUGCUGUAUAUUUCAAUCGAGAUAAAUGGGCACCCCGUUAAGGCAUUCGUUGAUACAGGGGCGCAAAUGACAAUUAUAUCAACAAGACUGGCAGAAGAAACAGGGUUGACCAGACUAAUUGAUAAAAGAUUCAUAGGAGAAGCAAGAGGUGUCGGUACCAGUAAAAUUCUAGGAAGAAUACAUCAGGCACAAAUAAAGAUUGAAACGCAAUAUAUUCCGUGUACUUUAACCGUAUUGGAUACACAUGUCGAUAUACUUUUUGGUCUGGACAUGCUUAGACGUCAUGGAGCAAUCAUAGAUUUGAAGAAAGACGUUCUAAAAAUUGCUGGUGUCGAGACAAAGUUUUUGGGAGAAGCAGAAAUUCCUAGAGAGUUGAUGGAAGAUCUCGAAGGGUCGUCAAGCGAGAAAUCAAAAAUCGUUACAGGUAAACCACUUCCCAGUUUUGGACAACGUUUUUCCGGCAGUGCUGAACAAAGUCCCUCGGAUUCGACGAAGAGAAGAGAGGUUACUAAAUCAUCAGUUCUUCCAGAGAAACCAGUGGCCUAUUCAGAACAAACUAUUAAACAGUUGAUGGACUUAGGAUUUUCUCGCUCAGAAGUCAUUAAGGCGUUAGAUCAAACGAACGGAAACGUUGACUUCGCUGCUUCUAUACUUUUCCAAUAA